AUGGGGAAGACGUCGAAUUCAAGGUUGGAUUCGGAUUCCAAGGUCGGGGGGGAUGAUGGAAUGGAGGAAUCGCUGUCGCGUGAGGAUCGCAGCAGCGUCAGAGGCGGUGGACUUGCAACGAUUACCGAUGAGGCGGUGGUUGGCAUCGUCAUCUCGGUCCCCGAGGAGGUCGCCACGCUGAAGGCGAGGUCUCCGAAGAGCAUUGGCAUGGGCCUGGUCAUUAGUCAGGAUGAUAAGUUGCCGGAUGCGAGUCCGAAGAAGAAGAGCUUCCUGAGAAGUGAAAGCUACAGCGAGGAAUGCAGGUGAGGAAUUCCCUCUUUACGAUUUCUUGUAUCUCACAUCAAAUUCAGAUAUCCCUACAAUAGGCGACAAGGGAGAGAGAGGGAGAGAACAAGCAUUCUACGAUCUGAUCUCACUUUAAUACGUGUUUGAUAAAGAUCUGGGAGACUGGUGGGGUAUUUGAUUAGCCAGUAUUGGUAGUCAUCAUUUUGUCGUCUUCCAAUCAUCAGUUUAGGCGCCUGCCCAGUUCCUUAAAUGAACCUGUUAUCAAAUAUGAAUUUGGGGAGUAAAUAAAUCAAUUUGGUUUCCUUUGAUUAGCUAGAAUGAAAACAGAAGAUAUGGGGUGCACAGUGAUAGCUAAACAUGGUCUCAAUCUUAGGUCUCUCAGCUACGUCAAACACUUAUCAGUACACGAUCUGAAUUCUGGUCUUUUUUUCCCCUUCCAUUUCUUUCUUUGCACUCUAUGGCUUUUUUGUGGGAUGUUUCAGGAAAGAACUAACCAAAGAUUUUCUUUCUGUAUUUUUAUUUUGUCAAGAAAGAAUCAAUUUGGUUUCCUUUUUGUAUAAAUAUUCUUUUUGUGGAGAGCAUAAAAUUUUCGUUCAAAGAUUUUUUUCGAAUUUUCCUCCUACAAACCAAUGGGAUUUUUUUAGUUCCAGAAUCUUUGUCAGAUUUUUUCUUAUACUUACGAAGUUAUAGAUAACAUAUUUUUUUCUCAUCAUCUUAUACUGGAAACAGUGAUCUCCUUCCGUAAAAUCCAAUUUCUGCUGUCCUCAUCCAUCAAUCUUGUUAUUUUUCUACCUCUGGUGCGUACUUUAGAGCAAGUGGUGGUGGAAGGGCAAAUAUUAAGAUAUUAAUCCGUUCCAAAUGCCCCCAGGGGUGGCAGAAAAUCAACCAACUAAGAUUGAAACAAAAAAGUUAUAGAUCACCAUAGGAAAACUAGAGACAACAUAUCAGGAAAGCAAUCUGUGUUGCAUGAUAAAGGUCCGAUCCUGCACCACUUACAUGUAAAAUCCGACUGUGUAUGCAACAGAAUGAUUCGAAACCUUCUUCGUGAACAUUUUUGUAUCAUUAUCGAAUUUCGUUGUUCUUUCUACAUGUCUUGUCGACUUGCUUAAACAUGAGUUUGAAGUAACUCAAAAUUAUGAUAGCGCAUUGACGUGAAAACUGUUAGAUUAUGUGAGGAUACAUCUCGAUUUAUCUAUAUGUCCCAGUCAUUUUAUGUCUGUAUGGACGUGAAGAAUAUGGUCCUUUUGAUUUCUUUCAAAAGCCCUAAAAAUCCAGCAGGAUUCCAGAAUGUCUUUAUUAACGUUAUCAAGCGUUCGACGAGGGUUAUUUCGGAAUUGUUGUGUACUAUGCGUCAUUGACCUUGUCUCCAUAGCUUCUAACUGAUCUUUUUUCCUUAGUGUAAUUAAACGAUUACUUGAAAUGGGAACCAUUAUGAAUAUACAUUCAUCCAUCUAGGUUUUAUUUUCUCUUUUAUUUCCUUAAACUAUGCACAACACAGACCGUAUCCUGAACCUUAUCUUAAACUAUGCAUAUCUUGAGCCCCAGAUUCUCAACUGUAUGAAGUGAUGAAAUUCAUUCUAAUUGACUGUGAUAUCUGCCUUACCCUAAUAAACAUGUACCUCUCCAAAUUUUAUGCCAAGGGAAUCCUAGUCCUGAGCUUUAUGGCCACUAAAUGUGACGAGCUCCACGAUCGUUUGAGUCUGGUGUGAGGAAUUUUGCAGAUGUUGUAACAUCUGAACCAUGUUAAGUAUGCAGCAUGGCAGUAAUUCAGAUCACGUGAAGACUUUCAUAGAUAAUGAUGUGUCUCUUUCUAUUUAUAACAUUUAAAAUGUUGACGCGCAUGUGUACACACUAUUGUUCUAUUUAUAAACUAUAACCAUUAAAACAAACCUAAACUUCUUAUAAAGUAUGAGAUGUCUUAACCUGUCUUUGUAAUCAUUUAGGUAUUGAUGAGUGAGUAGCAACUGGCCACCAGUGGAACAACCAUUUUUAUUUAUUUACCUGCUUACAGUUUUCUACGUUUAUAUCUUGCCUUAAAAGUCGCUGGGAAAACAUCUAUUAAUUCCAAGUUAAUACUAAAAAUCUGUGUGAAUUUAUACACGGUUUAUUUAAUUUAUUGAGCGUGUAUUAUAUACUCCUUGCUAUUAUCUGGCCCGAUCUGACCUGACCUUAGAUCACAGCUUUCCCAAAAAUUUCAUACGUAGCAACUCUAGUUGUUGGUUUAAUAUGUUCAGAAAGGGUAGUAGUAGCAGAUCUUUCAGAAGCAAAAGUCGUUUUGGUGAGAAUAAGUUGUUUCAUCAAGGUUCGAUUCAAAUUGGUUUAUGAUUCCUCAUGUUGUGUUUUUGUUGUUUGUUGUGUAAGAGUUAGAGUUGUGCCACUUUAGUCAUAUGAAAAAAUUACUGACAAGGGAAAUGCCCUUUUUAAGCAUCCAUCUAAGAUAAAGAUCAUUUUAUCUGUUGAGGAACCAGAUGUAUAUUUUUCAUGAUGAUGAGGUUUUAGUGCUUCUAAGUCCCCAUGUUUUUUUUUAAACACGCGCUUAACACAAAAAUAAUUUUAUAUGUUGAGGAACUAGAUGUAAACUUUUCAUGUUGAUCAAUUUUCGGUGCUGAUGUGUCCCCAGAAACUAAUGCAUCUGAGACUUUAAAUGCCACAUGGAUGAGGGUAAGCCACCUAGUGGGUGUUUAUUAUUAUAGCUGCGGAUUAUCUUUUACAUAUGAGAAAAAAAAUGUACGUGAGAUUUUUACUGAAUAGCGUCUAUUGUGCCUAUUAUGUCGUGGACAGGUUUGUGUCGUGGAUCGAUAUUUGCAUAAUAUUCCAUGGCGAUUGCUUCUUGGCUAGUUUAUCUCUGAUUAAUGUUUAGUAUUGUCGUCAGCUAUGUGGAACAGUAGGAGAAUAUUUACCAUUGAGGUUGACGUGUCCAUCCUUUUGCCCUACAGAGUCUGUCAGCAAUCGUCAGAUGAGCCUCUGAUAGAUCUUGGAUGCAGAUGCCGGGGUGAGCUCGCAAAAGCCCACCUGUCCUGCAUCAAGAUUUGGUUCCAAACUAGGGGUUCAAACAGAUGUGAGAUUUGCCAGUAAGUAUACAAUGGCCUCAUCGCAAAUUUUAAUUUGAACCUCAUGUAAAGUGGGGGAGUAUUUUUAAUGCUUAUGUUACAGGGAGAUAGCUGCAAAUGUGCCUCUUCCAGAGACCCAGCCUUCUGUAAGUCUUUUUUUUCCUGAUGGGUUUUUAGUUUGAUUACCAAUUUUUGGUUUUACAUACUACUUGAAACAUUGAUAACCCGUUUUUACUUGCUCCUUAAGUCUCUCAGAAUUUCCCAACUCUUGGUUUUUAUUCCUCUGACAUAUCCUAAAAUAUUCAAGGGUGGUCCAUUACAUUCCGCCAUUAUUUCAAUGGUUUUUCUAUAUUUUCUUAUCCCAAAUGAAUAAGUUCAGAAUGAUAAGGCCAUAAAUUAGUUCAGGGCUUUUGCGACUAUUUCAGUUGAGCACAUAAAUCUCUCUCUCUCUCUCUCUCUUGUCGUGGAAUUAAGUUAAUAUAAUUUAUGUAUCAUGCCAUUUUUGCUUUGGGCUAAUUUCAUUUCGAUAUCCUUAUGCUUGCCAUGUGGCAGGAAAAUUAUUGGAUUUGGAGAAUUGAGCCAGUUUUUGGAGGUUCCACUAUGGUACAGGAAGAACGGGAAAGGGUAUGCGGUGUUUGCACGGUUAUUUUAUCCUGGCAAAUCAUGAGAAUAUUAUUUUUUUGCCAUUUGUUUCCUCCGUUAGCUUUUUAUUCUUUUAAAUUCUUGCAACAGGGUUGCCUUAGCCCAUUGUGGAUUGCAUUCUGCAUUUUAAUCGGCGGGCUGUUCUUGGAUGUCCUGAUAUCAAUUUCUCUCGGUGUCUCUGCAUUGCCUGAGAACAUCAUAAUCGGUAUGCCCUUGAAAUUUGUUGCCAAUUUUAGUACUCAAUGCUGUUUCCCCUUGAUAUUUUCUUCAAUAUUUAAUCCUCAAAAGCUUUCUUAGUAGUACCUGAGCAGUAGGAGAUCGACUAUUGGAAACCAUGAGAAAAUGAUUUUUCAGAUUAUUUAAAUGCUCCUCAUUACUUCUAUUAUUAGGAUAAAUAUCGCAACUUAAUCCUCAGUUUCUUCUAGGUUUUGCACGAUUCUAUAACAAAAACUGGUGAAACCCAAAGAAAAACGAUUAUCAGGGUUUUUGGAAGACUAAAAACUAUAAUUUGUGGAUUUGAAAGCUAGAAUCCCUUUUUUUAAAGUAGAGCUUUCCUUGUUUUUUUAUCAGCUAGAAGCCUACAUCUUCUCCUCCAAGGUGAGAUCCUUAUGUUCUGAGAUUGGUAGCUCGAGUCUUUUGAAAAAAACAUAAGACAUGUCAUUUAUUCAGUGAAUAAUUUCGUGUCAAGAGUACAGAAAAUGAAGUGAAAGACGUGUAAAAAUAGAAACACACAAUAUUGGCCUUGUAGCAUGGUAUGAGGCUAGGUGCAAUGGUUUCUCUUGAGACUAAGAUGCUGAUGCAUACGUUUGCAAGCUGGUUCAAGAUGACCCAAGAUGAUUUAAGUCAAACAACAGUUUCCUCAUUUUAGAACACGUCACCUGAGUCAGCUCAAGUCGACUCCAAUCAGCUUAGAUUAAUUUGGGCUUGUAAACUGGAGGUUCAAUUUAUUUCCAAGAUUGAAGUCAAAUAGCACCUUCCUCAUCUAGAACCUGCGACCUGAGUCAGCUCAAGUUGACGCUUCCAAUUUGGGCUUUGUGGACUAAUGGCUUGGCCCCUAUUCAUUUCCAAGGUUGACGCCGAACAUUAUCUUCGUCAACUAGAACAUGUGAUCGGAGUCAGCUCGAGUAGACUCCAAUUGCCUUCAAAUUUGGGCCUGUGGACUUGAGACUGGGCCCAAUUCAUUUCCAAGAUUGAAGUCAAACAUCUCCUUUCUCGCCCACAUCUGAUCCGAGUAAGCCCAAGUUGACUGCAUCUGAAGUCGUUUUCAAACCCAGGCUCCUCAGCCUUAUCUAACCCGAAUCCCAAGAUAUCUAGCUGAUAACCUAUUCCCUCUGGCAGCUAAGUUAAGUCGGAACCAAUGGGGGUUGCAGAUUCAGACCCAGACUCCGAAAAAUAGCAUUAAAUCUGCACCUGAUUUAUGGGUUUAAAUUAACCUUGGAACUAGAAAAACUAAUUCUUCUGGUAUCAUAGUUUGGUCUUCACCACUGAUUCUUCUGGUAUUGUCCCAGGGAACACAAACAGGGAACACAAACAGAAGUGAACUUUCUCUUGAUGGCAUUUUUCCGAACAGCUUCAUGCAUAUUGUAUAUUCCUGCUUGUGGGAGUAGGCCAAUCGAACCCAUGGCUAUUCUGGUGGAGACUACGUUGAAUCCGCAUGGAGAGAGAACGUAGUCUCUUCUGGGAAGAGAGUGAGAGAGAGCUAGUUCUGGUCCUGUUCUGAUCAGCUAAUGGGGAAAAGAGGGGAGACAAGUGUUUGAUCCGGAAAAGGGAGAGACCCUGUACUGGUAGAGAGAGAGGGAGGCGGAGAGAUGUGAGAGGGAGAGGUGGGGGGAGAGAGUUGCUUGUAGCCUCGUCCCCAUUGGUUGAUUAGGACAGGCAUCAGAACUAUGGUAGUCUCUCCCCUCCAGAUGCAGCUUUGUCUCUCAUCCUCGCAGUUCUUAUGCCAGUGCUAAUUAAUGCGAGCCUCUGAAUCCGCGCUGUCUACAGAUUACUACUGAAGAAGGGAGUCUCUCUCUUCUCUCUCUCUCUCUCUCUCUCUCUAUUUCAUCAAGCUUCCAAACUAAACCCACGGUUUUAACAGACUGUUACCGUCCCGGAGCUCUUCACUUUUAGAGUUGAAGGGCCACAGAAGCACUGACCGGAGAAUGACGUGUGAACAUCGCAGGCGUCCUCAUCAUGCUGGGUCUGGGUACCGCUCUCCGACUCUCUUUGGAAUGCUGCCACGGUUGGAGACUGCGGCGAAACGCCCCUGCCCCUGCCGAUACAGUCGCCAAUCCUCCGCCUCGCCCCCUUGAAGUCUAG